GAUGUAAACAACAACACGCGGGAACAAUUCGCAAAUGCACGAAAACUACGAGUUAAACAAUCAAAAUGUGGAAGAAAUAUAUACUAUGGUUCGCACAGGAGCAUGUCGACUUCAGAAUAUCAGAGUUCGAAUCACUUGCUAAGAUGUUUGGCUUUCAGUUUCGACGAGUGUCCGAACAGCUGUUGAAACCCUUCUGGCUGGUGGAGUUUCCCAAUGAAAAGACUGCUUUGCAGUAUGCAUCCCGCUCCAUUGCCUUGCGUGCCAUAUUCGAGCUCUAUUCCCACUCCAAUACCCUGCCAGAGUUUCACAAUAGACUUCGCUCUCACGUGGAUACGCACCACAAAGAGAUCGCGCGCCUCUUCAGCUCCGAUGUUAGCUUUAAAAUCACUGUCGAGACCUACAACAAGCAUUUUAGUCAGCGGGAAAAAGUUGAGAAGAUUGAGACGAUGGACUACUUACCCAUUGAAGGCACUGUCGAUCUGAAGAACCCUCAGGUGGAGUGGUGGUACAUAGAAUUCUGGGGCUUGGAUCCAAAAGAAGUGCCUCCUGUGCCCGACGACAUUCUUUUCGGACGGCUUCUGGCUCAGGGUCAGCGGCAUUUGAUCAAAGAUCUCUCUUUGAAGAAGCGAAAAUUCAUCGGAAACACCAGUAUGGAUGCUCAGCUGAGUUUGCUCAUGGCCAACCAAGCGAUGGUGCGUGAGGGCGACUUGGUGUUUGAUCCAUUCGUCGGGACGGGCUCAUUGCUGGUAAGCGCAGCCAAGUUCGGUGGGUAUGUCUUGGGAGCCGACAUUGAUUAUAUGAUGGUGCAUGCGCAAUGCCGGCCCAGCCGUAUAUCCCAAAGGGUUCGGGAAAGGGAUGAGAGCAUCAGGGCGAAUCUGAAGCAGUAUGGGUGUGCGGAUCGCUACAUGGAUGUGUUGGUAGCCGACUUCUCGAAUCCUCUCUGGCACCCUCGCCUUUUAUUCGAUAGCAUCAUAACCGAUCCUCCAUACGGAAUACGCGAGGCCACAGAAAAGGUGGAGACCAAAAAGAGUGCCAAAGAGGACACACGAAGUGAGGACAUGGUGCACUAUCCGUCCACUUCGCACUAUUCCCUGCAGAGCUUGUACUGCGAUCUGCUCGAGUUUUCUGCGAAGCACUUGAAACUAGGAGGACGCCUCGUUUGCUGGCUACCCUUCCAUCGAGAGGACUACGAUGAGGCAAUGCUGCCACAUCACAAGCAUUUGCGGCUGGUGGCCAACUCCGAACAGCCCUUGACUGGCAACACGUCCCGCCGCCUGCUCACCUAUGAGAAGAGUUCGGAGUACAGCCACGCAGAAGCUUCAGAGCCCAGAAUAACACAUGUACCUACGCCCUCGGAGGACUUUAGAGAUCGCUACUUCAACAAUGCGCUGGAGUCUCGCAAGGAUCGGCGAAUGCGCAAGGCAGAACUACGUGAGCUCGGUCGCCUGGAAAUGGAAAGUCGGGGGAAGAUUCCCACUGACGGGCGCGCGAAGAAAUGUGACUUGAACAAAGCCCGUUUCGUCUAGACACAAUAGCAAUAAAUCUUGUAUAGGAUUUGUAUUCUUUAACAUUUGUAUCCUAGAGAAAUC